AACACCAUACGUAUCCCAGCAAGAAUGAAAGCGCAAAAGAGCUCCCUCUUCUGGCUAGUCGUGGCCAUGACAUUGGUGACGCAGGCGUGCAGUCAGCACUGGUCAUACGGCUUGAGACCUGGUGGAAAGCGGGAGGUGGAGAGCCUGCAGGACACGCUUCAAGACAUUGCGGAGGAGGUGAGGAAACUGGAUGCGAUCCGCCAGCCUGGCUGUGCUGAUGUCUCUCCACAGAGCAGGCUCUCCAGCCUGAGAGAGUUGCUGGCGAGCCUGGCUGAAGAAGAAAGAGGACGUAAAAAUAUAUAGGCAUUGAAGCUGUGCACCUCCAAUAAAACAUGGCAUUGAUAUCA